UCCAUUCGCAAAGUAAAAGUGUCGUUUCUCAGACGAGCAAAGCACUCUCUCUCUUCGCCAUUCGAGUGCUGGGAUCGUGGCGUUUUUGAUUCCGAAGGCGAUUAUCUUCCUUUCUUCCAAGCUCGAAUUGUUUCAGCUCUCUUGCUGCAAUCAUUUAGCGGUUACAGAGUGGAAAACCGAGCUAUUUGCUACAGCGAAUUCAGUAUAUGCUUCUCUCCGGGGGCCGUAGCUCGCCGGCGGCGAUGGAAGUAGGGCCAAAGGUUCGAAGCAAGGACGUGAUGCGGCUUGAGCGGGAAUCCGUCAUUCCUAUCCUCAAGCCCAAGCUUAUCAUGACUCUAGCCAAUCUCAUAGAACAUGACACUGACAGAGCCGAGUUUUUGAAGCUAUGCAAGAGGGUGGAGUAUACUAUUAGAGCUUGGUAUCUACUUCAAUUCGAGGAUUUGAUGCAACUGCAUUCCCUGUUUGAUCCUGCACGCGGCGCUCAGAGGUUGGAACAACAAAACUUAUCUUCUGAAGAGAUUGAUGAUCUUGAGCAGAACUUUCUGACAUACUUAUUCCAGGUAAUGGAAAAAAGCAACUUUACAAUAGUGACUGAUGGAGAGGUUGAAGUUGCACAGUCUGGACAGUAUAAAUUAAACCUUCCAAUACAAGUUGACGAAUCCAAGCUUGAUAGGAGCCUUCUUGCAAAAUAUUUUAGAGACCAUCCUAAUGAAAAUCUUCCAAAAUUUUCAGAUAAGUAUGUGAUCUUUCGUCGCGGCAUUGGAAUUGAUCGGACCACAGAUUACUUCUUUAGUGAAAAGUUGGAUGUGGUCAUAGCUCGCGCAUGGUCUUGGCUUCUAAAAACACUCAAGCUUGAGAAGCUCUUCUCUAGAAAACCAGCGAUAGCACCAGUAAAUGAUGCAAAGAAAACUGAUGAAGUUACUGAAGAUAAGGAGGAAGAUCUAUUUGUAGAACGCGUUCGUCUUGAAAAACUGGAAUUAAGCAUGAAGAAUAUAUUUGGAAAGAUUACAAUACAAGAGCCAACUUUUGAGAGGAUGAUCGUCGUUUAUAGACGGGCAAGUGAUAAAGCUAAGAAGGAUAGAGGAAUUUUUGUGAAGCAUUUUAAGAGUAUUCCAAUGGCUGACAUGGAGUUAGUUUUGCCUGAAAAGAAAAAUCCAAGUUUAACGCCGAUGGACUGGGUCAAGUUCCUGAUUUCUGUUGUAAUUGGGCUAGUUACGCUUAGCAGUUCACUUGAAAUGCCUAAAGCAGAUAUAUGGGUCGUUGCAGCAAUUCUCUCUGGUGUAAUUGGUUAUUGCGCUAAGAUAUACUUCACUUUUCAGCAAAACAUGGCGACUUACCAGAACCUAAUAACACAAUCCAUGUAUGACAAACAACUAGAUAGUGGGAAAGGAACUAUUCUACAUUUAUGCGAUGAUGUGAUUCAACAGGAAGUCAAGGAGGUAAUAGUUUCUUACUUUAUUCUCAUGGAACAAGGGAAGGCCACAGUGGAGGAUCUAGAUAUCAGGUGUGAAGAACUUAUUCAAGAGGAGUUUGGUGAAAAAUGUAAUUUUGAAGUUCAAGAUGCGGUCGAGAAGUUAGAGAAGCUCGGCAUUAUUUCGAGGGACUCAGUGGGUCGGAUCUACUGCGCCCCCCUGAAGCGAGCCAAUGACAUCAUCGGUCCAACAACUGAAGAAAUGGUGAUGAAAGCCAAGCAAGGCCCUUCUGCUUAAAUUCCCCAAGAUUUACAGCUGGAAUCAUUGAGACAAUGGCAGGAGAACUUCCAAUUCUUUCAACCUCGUUUAUUUUCAUAAUCUUUGUCCACUUAAUCCUAA